UCGUCGCUCGCUCUCUCUCUCGCUACUCCAUUUUUGUGUUUACGCAUUCGAUCUUCACCAUCUUAUCUGAUGGCUUCGUCGAUUGCUGGCAUCUCGUCUGUUGGAUCGUUGGCUUCUACCAGUAACAGGGUGAUGGAUAAGAAUCUGUCAACAUCCUCAAACAAGUUAUCUUCUUUUGCUUCGAUAUCUUCUAGCUCAUUGGGCAGGGGACAGAAUCUUGCCCUCCGAAGAUCUCUUAGAACUUCCCAAAUUAAAGCUGCAGCAAAGGAAUUAUACUUUAACAAGGAUGGGUCAGCUAUAAAGAAGCUACAAAUUGGUGUGAACAAACUUGCUGAUCUAGUUGGGGUUACUCUUGGCCCAAAGGGAAGAAAUGUAGUUCUAGAAAGCAAGUAUGGUGCUCCGAAAAUCGUUAAUGAUGGGGUCACUGUUGCCAAGGAGGUGGAAUUGGAGGAUCCAGUGGAGAACAUUGGUGCAAAACUGGUUAGACAAGCGGCUGCCAAGACCAAUGAUUUGGCUGGAGAUGGAACAACGACAUCAGUUGUUCUUGCACAAGGUCUUAUUACAGAAGGUGUUAAGGUUGUGGCAGCUGGUGCAAAUCCUGUUCUUAUUACCAGAGGCAUUGAGAAGACAACUAAAGCUUUGGUGGCUGAGCUCAAGCUGAUUUCAAAGGAGGUGGAAGAUAGUGAACUAGCUGAUGUUGCUGCAGUUAGUGCUGGGAACAAUUAUGAAGUAGGAAACAUGAUAGCUGAAGCUAUGAGUAAAGUGGGACGCAAGGGUGUGGUGACCCUUGAAGAGGGGAAAAGUGCCGAAAACAGUCUUUAUGUUGUUGAAGGCAUGCAGUUCGACCGUGGUUACAUCUCACCUUACUUUGUAACUGAUAGCGAGAAAAUGGUUGCUGAAUACGAGAACUGCAAGUUGCUAUUGGUAGACAAGAAAGUAACAAAUGCAAGGGAUCUUAUUAGUGUGCUGGAAGAUGCCAUCAAAAAUGGCUACCCUAUAGUCAUAAUUGCUGAAGAUAUUGAACAAGAAGCUUUGGCAACUCUUGUUGUGAACAAACUUAGAGGAGCAUUAAAGAUAGCUGCACUGAAAGCUCCAGGUUUUGGAGAGCGGAAGAGCCAAUAUCUUGAUGACAUUGCUAUCUUGACUGGAGGGACUGUUAUUAGAGAUGAGGUGGGGCUUACCUUAGACAAGGCCGACAGUUCUGUCUUGGGGCAUGCGGCCAAGGUGGUUCUCUCCAAGGAUUCUACUACAAUAGUUGGUGAUGGGAGCACUCAAGGAGCAGUAGAAAAGCGCGUGGCACAAAUUAGAAACCUUAUUGAGGUAGCAGAGCAGGAUUAUGAAAAGGAAAAGCUUAAUGAAAGAAUUGCGAAACUCUCGGGAGGUGUUGCCGUCAUUCAGGUUGGAGCACAAACUGAGACAGAGCUGAAGGAGAAGAAACUUAGAGUAGAAGAUGCUCUUAAUGCAACAAAGGCUGCUGUGGAGGAAGGAAUAGUUGUUGGUGGUGGGUGCACUCUGUUGAGGCUUGCCUCUAAAGUGGAUGCUAUCAAGGAGACCCUUGCUAAUGAUGAGGAAAAGGUUGGAGCGGAUAUUGUUAAGAGAGCUUUGAGUUACCCUCUUAAGUUGAUUGCAAAGAAUGCAGGCGUUAAUGGAAGUGUUGUUAGUGAGAAGGUUUUGGCUAAUGAUAAUGCGAGAUAUGGAUAUAACGCUGCAACUGAUAAAUAUGAAGAUUUGAUGUCUGCUGGAAUCAUCGAUCCAACAAAGGUGGUGAGGUGUUGUCUGGAGCAUGCUUCAUCGGUGGCAAAAACAUUCUUGAUGUCGGAUUGUGUAGUGGUAGAGAUCAAGGAACCUGAAGCGGUGCCUGCUGGAAACCCAAUGGACAAUUCAGGGUAUGGAUACUAAGGAAGGCAGGCAGGUGAGGAAGGUUGAGUAAUAAGCAAAGAAGGGGAUUUGGUUUUGCAGAAUUAUGUUAGAUAUAGGUAGUGAGUCCUGUGUUGAAUCACAUAUGCAGGAAAGGCAAAGGCAUGUAUGAUGAUGGUUUCUGAGUAGAAAUGAGAAAAAAGUUGCAUC